CAACUUUCAUGGGCAAAAACCUUCAAGAAUUGGAAGCUUCAACAUUGGGCUAAGGUUGGGUGGUCGGAUGAGUGCUACAUGGUGAUCAGCAAUUUGAAAGGAACGGUCUACGUAACACGAGGUCCAGGCGAAGAAUACUCCAAGGAAUGCCUCCGGCCAGUCUUCAAGAAGAGCAGGAAGGACAUUAUGGUCUGGGGAUGCAUUAUGUUGGGUGUAAAUGGUCCAUUGGUCAUGAUGGAGUACCCAGGAGGGAAGGGAGGUGGGGUGACGGGUGAAAGGUACCGUGAACAGAUUUUGGAUGGGGCACUUCGAGAUUUUUGGGCACGGAUGACACAGGAGCGGAGGCCUCUCAUGUUCCAACAGGAUGGAGCCCCAGCACACAGCCAGAAGCUCACCAAGAAGUGGCUUGAAGACCAUUUGAUCUGCCUCUUCCCACACCCUCUAGCUUCCCCUAAUAUCAGUCCUAUUGAACCCCUUUGGAUUCACUUCAACUCCAAUAUCCGGAACCACCCUCACCCCCCUACAUCUGUUCAAGAGCUCAAGACAGCUGCAAUUGAAGCAUGGGCCUCAAUUCCUCAAGAGAAGAUCAAUAGUCACAUUGAGAAGAUGCCAGCAUGUGUGCAAGCACUUCUUAAGCACUGGGGUGGGCAUAUACUAUUCUAA